AUGUCUUUCCAGGAUGUAUUGAAGAGAGGAGAUGACUUUCUUAACGAAUAUCCGAGAACAUCAACAUUAUGGAAUUAUGCCUCUCAUGCUACUUGCUUAUUUAUGAUUUUACAGUCAAAAUUUUUUUUGAAUGUGCUAUACAAUCCACAUUUGCACAAUAUAGAAAAGCUAGAUGGGGCUCUAGCCAAGGCGAGAUUAGAAAAUAGAUCAUUAGUGACAAUGAUGAACCAUAUGUCUGUUGUUGAUGAUCCAACAUUCUAUGCUGCAUUACCAUUUAGGUUUCACACUGAUAUUGAUACCAUAAGAUGGGGAUUCGGUGCACACAAUGUUUGUUUUUCGAACAAGGCAUUAUCAUGGUUUUUCAACUUGGGUAAGAUAUUGGGGACCAAAAGAUUUGGGGAUGGCCCAUUCCAGGGCUCAUUGGACGCAGCUAUUAGGAUUUUGAGUCCUGACGAUACCUUAGAUUUAGAAUUUUCCCCGGGGGUCAAGGAAGUAUCGAAGCCAACAUUAUUACAAGAAAUUAAUAAUAUUGGUUCAGUAGGAGGUAACACCACGCUGUUGGCUCAAAAAAUAAAACCUACCCCAGAGUCUACAAAUGUUCUUAUGUCCAAAUCUCCUUUUAUUCGUACGAAAACUUCGUGGUUCCAUGUAUUUCCUGAAGGUUUUGUGUUGCAGCUACAAGAACCACAUCAAAAUUCUAUGCGUUAUUUCAAAUGGGGUAUCUCCCGGUUGAUUCUCGAGAGUACUCGUGCUCCUGUUGUAGUGCCAAUAUUCACAUACGGCUUUGAGAAAGUGGCACCCGAAGACUCCGCUGAUAAGGGAAUUAAUAGAUGGUUACCAUCAAAUAUAGGCGCCGAGAUACACAUUAACAUAGGUGACCCCAUUCCAGAUGAAAAAAUAGAAUCGUAUAGAAAGAAAUGGAGAGACUUAUGCAACAAAUAUAUCGAUCCAAAAAAUCCUACAGAUUUAUCGGAAGAACUUAAAACUGGAAAAAUGGCUAAACGUUUGAGAUCUGAUCUUGCUGCUGAGUUAAGACAAGCAGUUUUAGCCAUCAGAGAUUCAUUAGGUGUCUUUAAGCCUGAAGACCCUCGCUUUAAAAAUCCAGUGUUUUGGGAGGAAUACACGAGGACUGAAGGUAAAAGUGAUCCGGAUGUUCGGUUUAUUGGUAAGAACUGGGCGAUCAAGAGAUUACAGAAGCACCUACCAGAAUAUAGUGAAGAUGAACCUUAG